UGAGUUACAAUCUCUACGAAAGCAGUUACUCUUCAUCAUGUCUGGUCUGCUUGUCCUCUGCUCUACCAUGAUUGUGUGGGGGGCCACGGCUGGCAAGUACUGCACAGAGCAGGUGCUGAACAUUGAGUCAUUCCCAGGAGAUUCAAUCACUAUCCCGUGUGGUUUUGUCUAUCCCAGAUCUAUCAAUCCUGUUUCAGAGGUGGAAAUUGCCUGGAGAGCUGGCCCACACCAUUACUGUGGAAGUGAAAUAUAUAACAAAACCAGAAAUUAUACAGCACCAAAAUACCAGGGCAGAUUGUCUGUAAUAGGAGAUCCUCAGACUGGUAAUGUGGCCCUUACUCUAGUCAAUGUAACAGCAGCGGAUGAGGUCAAAUACUGUUGCCGUAUACUGCUCAGACUUCCAGAUGGAACUACAAGACAGUGGCAGAGCUCAAAUGGCACAAAACUGACCAUACGAGGUCCCUCAGAUAUGAUUGUCCAUCAGCCCCCGCUCAUUCCUGCCCUGGCUGGUGAUGCUGUAACAAUUCCCUGCCAUUUCUCCACCAAUGAUAAGGUUGGCAAGAUGUCCAUGUCCAGUGUACAAUGGGGCUAUGGUAGAUAUUCGGCAUGUGGAACUGUUAUUUAUAACAGCACCACUGGUUUCCAAGGAAAUAAUCUCGAAGGACAAAUCUCUCUGGCAGGUCUGGCAUCCAUUCAGAUCCACCAAGUGAAACCUUCAAACAGUGGCUGGUACUGUUGUAAGCUGCAAGUUAAUGGAGAUGGAAAGUUUUAUUCUAGAGAACGAAAUAUAGGAACACACCUUGUUAUAAAAGACAGAACCAGUGAAUUAAAUAUCAGGCAACCAGGUGAAGUAACAUUCUCCAGCUCUGCCUCCAUCAGCUGCAGCUUCAGCCUACUCCAGGACAAUGUUCCCUUGUGGAUUAAGGUCUAUUGGAUGUUUGGGAACACAAAUGAGGGCUUUGCUUAUCACCCAGACUCAGAAUUAAUACACCCCAGGUACAGGGGCAAAACCAGACUGGUGGGUCAGUCAGACCUCUUCUUGGAACAGGUUUAUGGGAUGGACAACACCACCUUCUACUGCCGCGUGGCAAUGCGCUUGUGCAAAGCUACAGAUCCAUACAGAGUCGACAUUUUAAUAGAGGAAGGAGCCGGGACAUUACUACGAGUACAUGAUGUUUCUUCAGAUUGGAUUCUCUAUGCCAUCAUUACUGUCCGGUGUGUGCUGAUCUGCAUUAUCAUCCCCUGUGGCAUUCUGGGAUAUGUAAAGUUAAGAGGACAGAUUCACAAGAAUUCUCACCUGAAAGUAAGUUACUUGCAUCAACACUAGUGAUGGGCAAAUCUGAUCCAUUUCACCAUCGCCAAAAUGCAUUGAAGUCUAUGGGUGACAAUUUUUUUUGAAACGCGACACAUUGUGCGACAAAUUUUUGACACGCGCCACUUUCAUGGUGAAACUUGGUGAAAAAUCAACACCAUUAACUUUCCCACAAUGAUUUUUGUUUCCAGAUUGUAUAGACUUUAAUGGGGUUAAGCUCUGAAUACCCAAAAUCUGAAAAAUUAUGAUUUUUCGGACCUUAAAAAAAAUCUGAAUUUUCCGGGAUUUAUUAAAAUCCAAUGGUAUGAAAACUACGAAUCUGAAGGCCAAGCAUCUAAAAGCUCUCAGGGUCCUGUAUUAGUCAAUGGGGAAGGCCCCAGUGUAUGUGCUACUGUCAUUACCGAUUUCCAAUGAUUUUGGGGAUUUUGGGCCAAGAAGUCCGAAAACUCUGAAAAAUUUGUGGUAUUUGUGGGCAAAGGUCCAUCGUUUUUGUGGUUUUGCCCAAACCUAUUUUUUUGAAUGAUAAAUAAGGUCCAUUCGGGAAUUCAGAGUUGCUCAGAUUUUUAUCUCAGAAAUGCUGAGAUAAAUUCAGAGAUUGAUAAAUAACCCCCUAAAUAUGUAAAGAAAAGGAAAAGCCCAGUUGUCUUAUUAGACAAGUGAAUACAACAUCUGAGUAUUAUCAUGUAUAUAUAUUUUCCAUUUCUGUCAGUGUGUGGUACUGUAUUCCAUUUCUAUGAAAGGUGUAAUCAUUUAAUUGGUUGUAUAAUUUAGAUUAAAAAAAACAAGACUAUAAUUAUGAAGUCUUCAAUUGAAGAAUCUAAUGUGAUUAAUAUAAGAUGAACUGUAUCUUUGAGAACUGCAUGUGUAUGGUUUGGAAUAUAAGUACUUUAUGUUUACAAUAUGUAGAAAUAUUGAGUUAUUAGUUCGGUCUAGCUGGAAUUGAUAUCACUCUCCCAUUUAUUUUCUUCUCUCUACAUUACAUUCACUUGGUCAUAUAGGAUGGGAUUACCAGUGUGCCAUGAUAUACUUUGACUAUGGAAGAUGAGUCUAGUUCUAGUUAAUGUCUAGUCCAGAAGCAAAUGGACCUUCAGUCCCAUCUAUAAAUUUGUAGAACAUACUUUCUGUUGGUUUUAUGUGAGAAGAUACAGGCACUUCCUCUGUAGGGUACAAUGUUAAUCAAGGCAACCCUAAAAAGAAACGCGUCAGGGAAUCGAUGGUUUUAAUGAGUUGAAAGUAAAAGUUAUUUCUUUUAACCUACGGAGUGCUCGUCAAAACUUUUUCUUCUGAACCCUAAAGAAGAAGAUAUCAGUUGUAGUCAUUAGGAAUGGCAUAGGAUAUUCAUUCAAAGAGUAACAUACCUCCCAACAUUUGAAAAUCAGAAAGAGGGACAAAAAGUUCUGCUGCACUACCCGUGGUGAACAUUUUUGACCCAAAAGUACCCUUUAAGCUGUUUUAGAAAUUUUGCAUAUUUUUCUGGUGUCAGUGCAGGAGAUCUAAAAAAAACUCGGGACAUUUCAGUAACAAUCCAAGACUGCGGCCUGAGCUGUCAACGUUAGGACUGUCCCGAGAAAAAUGGGACAUUUGGGAGGUAUGGAGUAGACAGUGAACAAAUGAAAUCAACAGCUUGGC